GAAACUGCUGCCUUCCCGCUGCCGGGUCGGCAGUGUCGCCCUGUGGCAGGCUCAAAGGCUGAUCCUGCUGAGAACCUCGGAGAGACCCAACUCUAUGGGAACUGAGACCACUUGACUGCACUCAGCACCCUUYAGGAUCCGGUCCUAGGAAAUGGUCCAAGGUGCCAAAGGAGAAUCACCUGCGAUUUGAAAGGACGACAGGGGUGACGGGCACUAAAUGAGAAUAUGGCCAAUGGCAUUGAAGAUCUUAUCGGGAUCCCAUUCCCGAACCACAGCAGUGAAGUCCUAUGCGGUUUAAAUGAGCAGCGACACGACGGUCUCCUCUGCGAUGUCAUCCUCAUUGUGCAGGACCAGGAGUACCGGACUCAUCGGUCUGUCCUUGCUGCCUGCAGCAAGUACUUCAAAAAACUGUUCACUACCAGCACUUUAACAGACCAGCCCUAUGUUUACGAGAUUGACUUUGUCAAGCCUGAAGCACUUUCUGCCAUCCUCGAGUUCGCCUACACCUCAACCCUCACCAUCACCACCUCAAACGUCAAGCACAUCCUCAGCGCGGCCAAGAUGCUGGAGAUUCAGUGCAUUAUCAACGUAUGCCUUGAAAUCAUGGAACCUGACAGAGAGGCAGAAGAGGAAGAUGACAAAGAGGACGAAGACGAUGACGAAGAUGAAGAUGAGGAGGAGGAGGAGGAGGAGGAAGAAGAGGAGGAAGUGGAGGAUUUUGUCAAUCAGGAGAACCUAACUGAUGUCCAAGAAGUAAGCUGUCACCAAAGCCCUUCUAAGUCUGAUCUUACCGAAGAAGCAUAUACAGAAGCACCUAAAGACUUUCCAAAUCACUAUCCAGCCAAUAACUCAUCUGGACACUUGGGUGUGAUACGAGACUUCUCCAUUGAGUCCUUGCUGAGGGAGAAUUUGUACCCUAAGACAAACAUCCCCGAAAGGAGGACAGCUCUCUCUCCUUUCACCCCUAGCUUCUUCCCCCACCUCUGGAAUGGUGAUUUUAACUCCUUUUCCCAGCUCGAGGAGUCACAAGUAGACAACGGCCCUUUGGAUCUGGUGAUCAAAAAGAGGAAGAUCAAGGAAGAGGAGGAGAAGGAAGACCUGCCUCCUCCUCCUCCUCCUUUCCCUAAUGACUUCUUCAAGGACAUAUUUACCAACACCCCAGCAGCUCCCUUAGGGCAUAUUAAGGCAGAGACUGACUACAGCACUUAUCUCAAUUUCCUAAGUGCAACCCAGUUUGGAGGAGUUUUUCCUCCAUGGCCUCUGGAGGAAGAGAGGAAGAUAAAGCCCAAGGCGUCGCAGCAGUGCCCCAUCUGUAACAAAGUCAUCAUGGGGGCCGGGAAGCUGCCCCGGCACAUGAGGACCCACACGGGAGAGAAGCCGUAUAUGUGCAAUAUCUGUGAGGUCCGCUUCACCAGGCAGGACAAGCUCAAGAUCCACAUGCGGAAGCACACGGGCGAGCGGCCCUACCUCUGCAUCCACUGCAACGCCAAGUUCGUGCACAACUACGACCUGAAGAACCACAUGCGCAUCCACACGGGCGUGCGGCCCUACCAGUGCGAGUUCUGCUACAAGAGCUUCACGCGCUCYGACCACCUCCACCGCCACAUCAAGCGCCAGAGCUGCCGCAUCGCGCGGCCGCGGCGGGGCCGCAAGCCGGCGGCGUGGCGGGCCGCCAGCCUGCUCUUCGGCGGUGGUGCUGGUGGCGGCGGCGCCGCGCCGGGCGAGAAGGCGUUCGCCGUGCCGCCCGCCCUGCGCGAGGUGGGCGGCCAUCUCGAGGUGGGCGGCCAUCUCGAGGUGGRCGGCCAUCUCGGCAGCGCGCCCGUGUGCCUGCCCGGCCCCGGUGCCGAGCGCCUCCUCGGCGGCGCCGCCGACGCCUUUGGCUUGCAGGAGCUGGAGAGCCGCUUCGAGGAGACGCAGCUGAAGCUGCUGCGGCGCGCGCAGAUGGACAUGGAGAGGAACGCGGGCCUCUUCGCCCUCGCCCUGGGCCGCCAGGACAGCCUCACGGGACAGCCCUUCUUCCCGCUGCCCGACCCAUGGAGCGGCAGCUUUGGYGGCCUCGCGGGGCUGGCGCACGUGGCGCCCAUCUCCGAGGCGGGAAACUGA